AUGUCGAUGAACACUUUCGCUUCACUCACAUCAUCCCCUUUGCCUUCUUCCUCUCCACUUACUUCUCUUCUUACUCAUAUCUUCUCAUUCAUUUCAGCUUUCAUCCAGUUCUCUUCGGAUUACAUCGCCUGCUGCUUGUCCCGUCUGCACCUUCUGAGCCCGAUCAAUGCUGUGCCAAUCGAGACUUCUGGUGGUGACAUUGCGCCAAGUGAAGUGACGAGUGUAUUUUGCAAAUCCGUGGGUAUCCCUAUUAUCGUGGCCAUGGCUGGCUGUCUCCUCUUGCUUCGCUCCCUACGUUCUCCUAGGCAUGAGAGAAAAAGAACUCAGGUGUUGUUGGGCAAACAGCCAACAACAACCAAUUCCGACGGCAGCUCGAGUGACGACACGGACCUUUCCGAGAAGAAAAAAGAUAAGGCGCUCGAUGUGCAUGGACGCUCAAUUAGUUCUAGAAGCGCUCACCUUAAACGCAAUGGAGUGGAUGACACUGAUCCCGGCCUGCUUAAAAAGCACUCCGCGAAUAUAUCCUACACCACCCCGAUUGCAACCUACCCUUCUAUCAGGACAUUCCUUUACCCUCACCCUCAUAUCGAAAAGCUUCCCACGGAACCAUCACCCUUACCUCUGUUGGUAUUUAUUCACGGACUUGGGGGUUCCCUUACCCAAUUCCACCCUCUUCUAACCAGUCUGGUUAAUAUUGCUCCCUGUUUUGGUAUCGAUCUUCCAGGGUGCGGCCUGUCUUCGUUUUCGCCCAAGUCCUGGGCGGCAUACUCAAUCGAGGCACUUGUUACUUUGCUCGCUGUUGCAAUUGACCAGUACCGUGACAAGAAAAGAGGCCAAAAAAUUAUACUAAUCGCGCACAGUUUGGGAUGUUCGCUCUCAGCGUUGAUUGCGUCCUCAGAAUCUCCUCUCAUGUUGUCACUGCGGGAGCAUGUCAUCGGAAUGGUAGCCGUCUGCCCACCAGCUGGUCCUCCCCCGGAAGCAAAAACCGCAAGCUUGCGCAAACUUCUCUAUACUCCAGACCCAGUCUUCAACCUUUUUAGACGAUGGGACAGACGAGGCGGACCCCACAGCCCUAGCGUUACGAGGUUUGUUGGGGAAGAUGCUGAUCUGGAAACCAAAAAUCUCCAGCUUAGAUUCAACCAACAGAGUAAAACUCCGGUAUGGAGGAGGAUGGCAUGGAGCACCCUUCCGACAUAUGGCAGCACUGGGGAAGCUGUAGGUGGCCUACCUGGCAAGAAAGUAUGGGCAGGAGUGCAUGUCCCGGUUUUGCUCAUAGGGGGAGAAUCCGAUAAUAUUACAAAGCCGGAAGAGGUUACGAAAAUUGUCGAGUAUUUUAAUUCCGAUCAUGGCCAACGUGACUCGUCAGAUUUCCCGGAAAGCCAGCUAGAAGGAGCGGAUUUUGAGGACGAAAAUAUCAACCCUAAAGUUCGACAUUCGCUAAGAGAAAGCGCACGAGGAGAUCUCGCCAAUAUUGCUAGCUCGUCCGGUUUAUCGAAAUCAGCCAACGCCACCAAUGGCGGCAAAAGAGGUAUAAAAGCAUAUAUAUUUCCUGCACCGGCCUCCCAUGCCCUCCUCUACGACCGACAUACAUGUCGAACACUCUCAGGGUUGAUCCAAGACUUCUUCCCUAGGCAUAUUGACUCUCGUCUGAGUUUGGGGUGGCAGCUUCAACAUUUAACAACCUCAGGGAAAUGGGACGUCAAGAACCUCGAGAAAUGGAAAGCCAUAGAUCCUGUUUCAGCUGUCAUGGGUGACACUUUUGUCGCAAUGAAGACCCUGCGUGAGGUUGAUGAGAUACACACGCCCAUACCAUUCGCGCAGAAGUGGAAAGGCAAGAUUUAUGCAGUCAUUGAUAUCAGUCACGAAAGUCCGGUUUAUGACCCCGCCCAGCUUGAGAAGGGUGGGAUACAGUAUCACAAACUUCCAACAGUGUCCAAAAUCCCCCCGACUGUUGAAGAGGUUCGAGACUUUGUCUCUCUUGUCAGUCGUUUAGAGGAAGAAAUAUCAGCUGUAUCUAAGUCCUCUCCAGAUGGGGCUCCGCGGCCGGUACUUGGAGUACAUUGUCACUACGGAUUUAACCGGACCGGCUUUUUUGUCACUUCAUAUCUCAUCGAGGAAAAGGGGUUUUCUGUUCAAGAGGCAAUCGACGAAUUCGAAAAAUGCCGAUCUCCAGGAAUCAAACACGAACAUUUUAUCGAUACCUUGUUUGUACGAUACUGCGUUGGUCUUCAGAGAGCUUCGACCUUAUAA